AUGGACACGACGCCGCCCGACGGCGGCCAGGCCGCGGAUAGCUUAGACCCGUUCGGAUGGAUGGACUGGCUCCUCGACGGGCCCUUCAAGGGCGGGUCCGACCAGCUGAACCUGACCGGGAGCCCCGCGGGCGACGACGGGGACGACUUCGCGCUGCCCGAGCGCUUCGAGGACGCGGAGCUGUCCAUCAUCGCCCGUUCGCUCCUCUUGGACGACGCCCCCGCGCCGCAGCAGUCCGUUCCGAGUCGCGGGACGGCCGCGACGGCGACGGGGCCGCGCGCGGGCGCGCGUAACGCCCACCACCCGUACCCAAGCUUGGACUUUCGCGCCACCCCCGCGCAGCGCUCGGCGUCUCGCGCGCUCGAGGUGUUCAAGACCGACUCCAUCCUCGCGUCCAUGGGCGCCGCGAAGGAGCGCAACCUCAAGCGCAAGACCGCCGCGGCGCAUCCGCCGAUCGGGUCCCUCGCGGAUUCCGUCCCCGGCCGAGGGCGCCCGCGACCCUCCCCUGCCAAACCCGCGCCACUGUCCAACAAACCCCCGGGGUCGGUGCCCCCAGGCCGGUCGUCCAAGUUCCGCGGCGUCACCAAACACCGGUGGACGGGCCGGUUCGAGGCGCACCUCUGGGACAGCGCCUCCGCCCGGACCAACCCGCAGCCCGGCGGGAGGCAAAAGGGGAAGCAAAUCUACCUCGGCGGCUACUCAACCGAGUCGGAAGCUGCGCGGGCAUACGACAAGGCGGCGAUCAAGUACUGGGGCCAACACGCGCACCUAAACUUCCCCUGGGCCACGUACGAGGGCGAGAUGGACGAGAUCGAGUCCAUGUCCGCGUCCGCGCUCGUGGCGCAGCUGCGGCGGUCCAGCUCCGGGUUCGCGCGCGGCGCGAGUCGGUUCCGCGGUGUCACCCGGCACCACCAGCACGGCCGGUGGGAGGCUCGAAUCGGCCGGGUUCUCGGUAACCGAUACCUCUACCUGGGCACGUUCGCGACGGAGGAACUCGCGGCCCGCGCGUACGACGCCGCGGCGUUGAAGUAUCGCGGCCCGAGGGCGGUGACGAACUUCGAGCGCCCCAGCGGCGGCGACGGGGUCGGGGAAAAGGACGCUUCGACCCCACCGUCGACGGAGCCGACCGAACCUCCUCCCGCUCCCCCCGCGCGCGCCGAGUCGGGCAUCGUCGUGUUGCAAUCGGUCGCCGUCGUCGGUCUGGUCGACGACGGUGAGGGGAACCGGCCGACUCUGCAGGGGACGGCGGUGGUCGCCGCCGCCGCCGCCGUGGAGGCCGCGAGCCCGAGUGACAGUCGCGACAGCAGCCUCGGGAGGUGCUGGGUGGAGGCGAAAUGA